AUGCAGCAAGGCAUCAAGAGUGAUUUCCUGGAUGAGCGAGAACACUUUGACUGCGGGCCCGUUGAUGACAAUCAAUUUCCAAAUCGAUGGCCAGACCAACGUGAUUUGCCUGGCUUCCGCGAUUUCAUGGAGCGAUAUUACCAUCAGGCCCAGAUGGUUAGUCUGCAAAUCAUGAGGGCUUGCGAAAUCGGUCUUGAACUCCCCGAGGGUUUAUUGGUCAACAAAUGCAUUCCUGCGGCGAGUGAACUGCGCCUGAACCGCUACCCGGCCGUCAGUAUCGAAAAGCUGCAGUCGAGGGUGAAGAAGCGGACAUGGCCGCAUACCGACCUUGGAGUCGUCACUCUUCUCUUUCAAGAUGCCGUCGGUGGCUUAGAACUAGAAGACCGUCGGAACGGAGGCUUCUCUCCUGUUAUAAGGGAUCAUCCGUUUGAGAUGGUCGUAAACAUCAGCGAUACGCUACAAAGAUGGACGAAUGAUGAGCUUCGAGCAGGUCUCCAUCAUGUGACAACGCCGGUCCCCAUGAAGCAACAAGAAGCGGGAAUGCUCCCAGAGAGGUUUUCAUGCAUCUUUUUCCUGAAGGCAGAUCGAGAAACGUCCGCUGGUAGCUUACCCACGUUCGUUCGAUCCGGCAAGGCUGCAAAGUAUGAGGACAUUACAGCGAUAGAGCUUCAACACAAGGGUGUAAAAGAACUCUAUGCGCCGGCAUAA